AGAUUUUUAUGGGCAGCAAAUUUUCACAGAACACGGGGUCUCUUCUGGUUGAUCAUUAUCAGGGGGGAGGGCGGCUCUCUUACACAGACUUCCUCUGGUAUCUCCAGUCACUGACCGUCUGCAGCAAUGACCACAUCACAGAGGAGUCUGGCCAAGGGCAGCGCUGCCCCAGGACCGGUACCGGAGGGAGUCAUCCGGAUUUAUGGCAUGAGAUUCUGUCCCUAUGUCCAAAGAGCAAUCCUUGUCUUGGUUGCCAAAGGAAUCAAACAUGAAGUCGUCAACAUUAACCUAAAGAACAAGCCGGACUGGUUUUUUGAGAAAAGUCCCCUGGGAUUGGUGCCGUCUAUUGAAACCUCGGAUGAUAAAAUAAUCUAUGAAUCUCUAAUUAUUUGCGACUAUCUGGAUGAAGCCUUUCCCGGGGUUAAGCUGACCCCUGCAGACCCCUAUGAAAAAGCACAACAGAAGAUUCUUCUGGAACAUUUCAACGCGGUUAGAAUUCUGGCAUUCAAUAUCCUGCUUGCCAGAACAAAAAAUGAAGAUUACUCUGAGUUGAAGACAAAGGUCUUUGAGAAAUUCAAACCAUUUGAAGAGGCACUUACCAAGAGGAACAUCCCAUACCUUGGUGGAGAAUCCUUGUCUAUGAUCGACUACAUGAUCUGGCCCUGGUUUGAACGACUGCACGUAUCUGAUAUCACAGAGGUUUUGGAGAAAAUGCCACGUAUCAAUGCCUGGUACAAGCUUAUGCUGCAGGACCCUGCUGUGAAACAGACCUUUAUCCACCCAGAUGUGAUUUCCGGCUUUACCCGCCUAUAUUUUGAGGACAAUGUAGAUGCAGCUGAUUAUGGCCUUGACUGAUGAAAAUCGUAUGAAAACUGCAACCUCCUUUCCACAAAAUACUGAUUGAGGGGUGCUAUAUACCUGUUUCCACCAAAUACUGAUUGAGGGGUGCUAUAUACCAGUUUCUGCCAAAUACUGAUUGAGGGGUGCUAUAUACCAGUUUCUGCCAAAUACUGAUUGAGGGGUGCUAUAUACCUGUCUCCGCCAAUACUGAUUGAGGGGUGCUAUAUACCAGUUUCUGGCAAAUACUGAUUGAGGGGUGCUAUAUACCUUCUUCCAACAAAACUGACUGAGGGCUGCUUCCCGGAAAACCUUAUAAUAAAAUCUUUUCCAAGUAUUGCGCUGUCAUUGUCUAUUGCAGGGAUGGCCAACCUGAUGCUUUCCAGCUGUUGCAAAACUACAACUCCCAUCAUGCCCAGACAGUCUACAGCUAUCAUUCUUCAGCAGGGCAUGGUGGGAGUUGUAGUUUUACAACAGCUGGAGAGCCGCAGGUUGGCCAUGUCUGGUCUAUUAAAUACGUUCAACUCCUUUAAAGUGAAACCUUAUGUUGAUAGGUUCCUUAAAUGUCCUGUUUUAUCCCCUUUUCAAUAAAAGACUUAAAGGAAA